GUUUCUAGUAAAGCAGAACAGAAAGGCGCACGCUCGGUUUGUACGCGCAAGGUCGUGUCCCCAGUAGUGGGGUGGUGAUCUCAUAUUUUGGACAAGUAUGAUGUCCAUAGCCGCUCGUAACGGGGUUCUAUCCUCGUACUUGCAGGCAACGAAACACGCGGUUAAAAACCUGGGGUUUGGAGCUAAGGAUGUGGCGGCUACUGCUGGUCCUGCAGGAAUCCGACUGGCCCAUACAGAUGUCAGGAUCCCUGAUUUUUCAGACUACCGUCGCACCGAUGUAAUUGACCCAAACAAGUCCUCCCAGGACAGCAGUGAGGGAAGAAGGGUAUUCUCCUACCUUGUAACAGGAGCAACCACUGUGGUUGGUGUCUAUGCAGCUAAAACAGUGGUCACCCAGUUUGUCUCCUCCAUGAGUGCAUCAGCUGAUGUCCUGGCUUUGUCUAAAAUUGAGAUCAAGCUCAGUGAUAUCCCUGAAGGUAAAAACAUGACCUUCAAAUGGAGAGGAAAGCCUCUGUUUGUCCGUCACCGCACAGAGAAAGAAAUUAGUGCAGAGGCAGAUGUCAAUAUCGCAGAGCUGCGUGAUCCCCAACAUGACAAGGAUAGGGUGAUCAACCCCAGUUGGGUUAUUGUUCUUGGUGUCUGCACCCAUCUGGGUUGUGUGCCCAUUGCCAACGCUGGAGACUUUGGAGGUUAUUACUGUCCGUGCCAUGGUUCUCACUAUGAUGCUUCAGGAAGAAUACGAAAGGGACCUGCACCUCUUAACCUCGAGGUUCCUUACUAUGAGUUCCCUGAUGAUGAAACAGUCGUUGUGGGAUAAACACUGGAGCUCUGUCAGAGUUCCUCUCUGUAAUAUGUAUUUUAAGUGGCUCUGUUUGAGCUUCCAUGUAUUUACUAUUAAAGACGUAUUUCCAACUGCGUGAUUACAA